CCUACAGUAAGUAACGCGUUCUAUCCCUGUACACAAAUACUAGCGCAGUGCCAGCUUACUGAGAACCAGUGAGAGAGAAGGCGACCCUCAGUAAAACACAAUUUCGUUACCUUGUCUACAGCACAGUUAGUGAACGGCACCCAGCAAGAUGGCUGAUCCUAAGGAUGGUGUCAUGUUGGCAUAUCGGCAUUUUAUGACCAAUGAAUAUGGACUGCAACUCAAUCAACCAGUAACACAACUGAAGAAACUUGACGAAAGGAACCAAAUCCAAAUACUCGCCAUUGGCAAGGAGAAUACGAAACCAACCAAAGCCUUCCUGCUGAUUGGCCAAACAGGAGCCGGUAAGACCUGUCUGAUAAAUGCGAUGAUAAACUACAUUAUGAAAGUCAAAUUUGAGGACAAUUCUAGAUACACCGUAAAGGACGAAAUAGGCACCAUGCCGAAAAGCAAGACUGAAAGCCAGACAGAGUUUGUGACUGGUUAUCUCAUCUAUCAGCAACCUGGGAUGGCAGUUGAUUGCAACUACUUAAUCAUUGACACUCCAGGGCUAGGGGACACAAGGGGGAGGGAACAGCAGCAAAGGAUAAAGAAACAAAUGGAAGUUUUCUUAACAGACGAGACAUUUGAUAUCAGUGAACUCCAUUGCCUCGGUUUUGUUGUCAAUGGAACAAUCAAUAGGUCUCAUGCUUACCUAAAGGAAAUUGUCAUGGAGUUCGAGUCACUGUUUGGAAACGACACUAUUAAAAUCACAAAGAUUCUGGCAACACACACUGACGAUGAUACACCAGCAGUCAGCAAAGUCUUAGAGGAUAUAAAUAUCAAAGCAGAUAAACUAUACACCUUUGACAAUGGCGUUCUGUAUUGUAGUAACCAAGGAAAAAAAGCAAGACUUAGCCAAAUGCAAUGGGAAAUUCUUACUGGCAAGUAUGAAGAAUUUUUCGAAGACAUGUUGGUCGCUAAACCAUGCAGUCUGAGGCUGUGUAAAGAAGCCAUUAAAGAGAAGAUGAAUCUUGAGAGAUCAUUACUGAUGUUGAAAAUGCACAUAGACAAUAAAGUGAAGGCCCUAUUGCAAUGUAGGAACAAGCGAAAGCUGUAUGAAGAAUACUAUACUGCCAUGAGAUGCAAUGAGGAAUUUGAAGGUGAAGAAACAAUCACUGUGAAAGAGAGAUUUCCCAUCAAUGGGCGUUUCACUCAUGCCCAUAACUGCCCCGCAUGUGAGCAGACGUGUGUAUACCCUUGCACUACUUUUAAGUCUGCAUUCUGUAGUUGUCCCAGUGGAAAUAAAGCUUGUGACUUUUGUCCUUGCAGCAAGAAUGACCACAAGAAGGAAGGCAAAACAAUCAAAAGCAGACAAGAAAAAAAACAUGUUACAAACGAAGAGAUGAAAGACAGAUAUGAAGAGGCAAAAACAAACAUGCAGAAUAUGGAGGAACUUAUGGGAACACUACAAGAAGAAACUGACCACCACUACAAGCAAAUGGCUAUUUACAUCAAGACAAUUGUCAGCCACAUUGAACGAAUCAAUGAGAUUGCAAGGAACCCAAAUCGCAAGGCUACUGAAGACUAUAUUAGUGAGCUCAUUGGUAAUGUAAAAGAGACGAUGGUAAGGGGCACUUCAGAUGAAUCAGACCGAGAGUACAUAACUGAGAUUUUGCAUGCACUUCCAGAGCAAAUAGACCAAAUAGUACUCAAAGAAACAAGCAAGAAGACAAGUAUAGGUGAUCGGUUCAAAGCAAUGACUUCUUAUGCUAAACAUAAUUUAAACCCAUUUGGAAGAAAUGGACAGUAAAAUAGAAAAAGAAAAGGAAACAAAAAAUAGAAGCAAGAGGUUUCCAAAUUUACAUUAUUCCGUUGCCAUUUUAUCUGUAUUGGGCCAUAUCAGUAUUUCAACGAUGGAAAAUUGCGAUAAGUACAUAUCUGUGGAUAGGAUUUUUAUAGAGCUUUCUUCUUUUUCUUUCUUUUUUUUUUACUCUAAAGGUUGGGAUCGGUAAGGAUAAGGGAUAUUCUUUAUUAUGAAUGUCUAUAACUCGAAAUCUAAAUCCUCCCAAGAAGUUAUAGCUGCUGUAGAAAUAAGUACAUUAUAUUUGAAUCGAUGUAUUAUAACACUAGGAAUUACAUUUUGUAGAUGAUUAAACAUAUGUAUAGAUAUAUCAUUUCUUUACUGUAAUACUUUAUCUCUCUUCCUCCCUCUCCCUCUCUUUCCCUCCCUCACCCUCCUUCAGACCCUCUCUCCCCUCCCUCCCCCCCCCCCUCCCCCUCUCCUCUCUCCUCCUGAUGGGAAGUCAUUAUCAAAGAAUAAGUAAUAUGUGUAACAAGGCAAGUAUGUUAAGGUAUUAUUAAUGAUUCAGUGAUCUUCAAGAUUUGUUUUCAUUCACUAGUAUUAUUAUUCAUUAUUUUUUAUAGUUCUUAUUGGUGUUUCCGUGUUAUACUCAUCUUACAUUGUUCCAUUUAUUAUUAUUUUAUUUGUUUUAUUAUCUAAUCAGUUAAAAUAUAUUUACAGUGUGAUUUAUAUCUUGUCAUGUAUACUUUGACAUUUACUAGGUAUAUUGUGAUCAUAAACGUAUAAUAAACUUGCAUUUAUUGAA